GGAGUGGUGAAAUGACAUGCAGAAGGCUGGCAGGUCAGUCCCUGGGCGGAUAGAUCGUCUAAUACAGGCACUGGGGCCCAAGCACUGGGAUUGGCCUAAAACAGAGCUGUGUGUUUUUUGACCCACCAGGUGGGCCCUGGCGUCCUGUCAAACUGUCAUCCCUCCCAGGCGUGAAAGAUAACAGCGUAGAAGCAGUGCUGGGCAGUCUGCCGGACUCCGGGUGCCAGAGAACGUGACCAUGCAGGUGCUCACCCCGCGCUACCCCAAGAACUGCCUGCUGACCGUCAUGGACCGGUACUCGGCCGUGGUGCAGAACAUGGAGCAGGUGGUGAUGUUCCCCAGCCUUCUGCGGGACCUGCAGCCAAGUGCGCACGGGGGUGAGGCCCAGGCUGGAGCCCCCAGUCUCUACAACUACUUCACCAUGCUCAAGGCCAUCCGCGUGGAUGUGGAGCACGGGCUGCUGCCCCGGAAGGAGGGGCAGGGCAAGAUGGCAGGUGGUGGAGCCCAUGAGGCUGAGAAUGAAGCUGCAGAGACGGAAGAGGGUGAGGAGCUCUUGGGGCAGCUGGACCUAGAGGCCCAGUUCCACCUGCACUUCUCCAGCCUUCAUCACAUCCUCACCCACCUUACCUUGAAAGCCCAGGAGGUGACGAGGACGUACCAGGAGAUAACGGGACAGGCCAUUUAAGCCUCGGACGGACGCUAGGGAAGAUCCCUUUAUCGAGAGAAGGCAGACUCUAUAAUGAGGACUCGGAGCAGUUCAAGAGCCCUAGCGAUGAGAGCAGAAAGACUAGACCUGCACUGGAAGUGAGGCGACGUGGUUUUCUGGGAUGCUUCACUACCUCCCUUUGGGCACCAAUUCGUGACUCGUCACCGGGUCACCUUUAGGAUGCUUGCUGCUCUUUACAACUCUCCCUCUCUCCGCUUACCAGCAUGGGAUAGUGAUCCGUGGAUCGGGAGGGGAUAGAUGAUAUUUAGACGGUGUGUCAUGGUAGGAACAUAGGUUUUAGCAUUUGACCAAUUCUUAGCAAUUCACUGUGUGAUCUUUGGCAAGUUAUUUAAUCCAUUGGAAUCUAAAUUUCACCACCUAUAAAUGGGGAUAGUAUUGCUUACCUCACAAGGUUAGUCUAGAAAUUAAACAAAAUAGAAUCAAAA